AUGCUCUGCUGCGGCCCUCCGGCUCGGCUCGGCUCGGCUCGGCUCCGGGAAGCUGUGCGAGAGCCCAGCUGGCCCGCCAGCUCGCUUCCCGCCCCAGCCGGCGGCCCGGCCCAAGGGAGGCGCCUCCCGCCUGCCCGCCCGCCCAGGCAGACACGCGGAGGCGCCAGGAGGGCGUUGCGGCGGCGGCUGCCGAUCGCUGCCCGUUCCCCCCUGCAAGCAGUUGUGCCCCUUUCUUUCCUGCCACCCCCAUUGUCAGUCACCUGUUCAGACCCACUACGGCGAGUCUAUCAGAGGCAGGACAAUGAACGCCAUGUCUCAUGCUUAUGGGAUGGGGACAUCCGCCUGGAGUAUUCAAAAGUUCCAGGCCUGGUUCCAGGUACCAAGAAAGAAGAGAAAGAUCUGCAGCCCCCUCCUCAUUGCCGCUGGUACCAAGACUCCCUCUUGGUAAACAGUACAAAUAAUUGGUCUGGUCAACUGAUGGUGGGCACAGGCUUAGUUAGUAGAGGUCCCCCUCCACCUUGGGCCUUCACUAAUAUCAUUGUGCAGUGUAUUUCAUCCUUGUGCUAUGGGACCACAUGUCUUCACCACAAUCUGAGCAUUGAAAUGACUGGGCAGGAUGUCCGUCUUUUCCUGCUUUGGCCGCGCAAGCUUCCCAUCUAUGAAUGGCAGGAAGUGCAGUUGGGUUGGUGCGCGCGCCUUAAGAGCUCUAUUUGGAUCUACCACUUCAGGAGUCAAGGGGGAAGUCCUUCAGACCACCUCAUUCCCAGUAACCAGCACAGUGAACCAGCUGCAUCCACUGUUUAUUCCCAUGCAGAAUUGCACCAAGUUUGUGAAUCGUAUUACAGUUACCACAUGGCUGUGAGGUACCCUGUGCGUGGAUUCUACACUGUUUCACUGCACAUCGAGAAUGGGCCUCCAUUGAGCCGUAGCCUGGAUCUGCAUGUGCAACCCGCCCUGCUUCACGUCUUCAGUGCCUCUUCCAGUCUGCUUAGCAUCCCCCACAUGACCCUCAACCUUUCCUGGACCCUCCGACCUCUCAGCUCCAGAAUAACAGUUUUCAUGUUGACAGAUAAGCAGGGGCUGGGAGACUGGUAUCACUCGUACAAUUAUAAUCCAUUUGCCCUACAAAGUAAUUUCUGCACAGCUUCCAAACCACAACAUUCCAGAGAGAAGGUGGUAUCCAGCAUCUAUUUCUGUACCAACAAAAGGGUAUCUAGAGAACUAAGAGGAAAAAUUGAUUUUUCAGGUGACACCCUGAUUUUCACAGCAAGGGGUACAAAUCCAAUUCAUCUCACUCUCAGUCCACAGAAGAUAAGGACAGGUAUGUACAUUUUUAGCCAUGAACAGGGACUCUUCUAUUCUAUCCAAGAAGGCAAUGCUGUCAGUGCCACUGGCAAGAACUCGAGCUCCCACUACGUCUUUUACCAGCAGGAGAGCUUCUCUUACCUGAUCAUCCUUGAAUUUCUCCAGUUGCAAUGGUACCGAUUCAGCAUGCACAUGUAUUUGAACCGGAGGGGGACUCUAUUCAGGUCUCUGGGAGAAAAAGAUAUAGAGGUUCAUGCUUUCAGUGGUCAUUCGCUUGAUAAAAAUUUGGUCUAUAUUGUGUGGUUUAUUCCUGUACAGCAUCCGCUGCUGCAGUGCCAGUGGGCCUUCACCUUGCAACUUUUUGAUUCAAAGAAUGACCACCUUCUUUGGAGCAAUACUUACUCUUACAAGGAUCAUGUCCAAAAUGCUGCUCGUUUUCUCCCUCACUCUCAUUUACCCUUCAAAACUGCACUCUACACAGGUUUUGUAGCAGAAGUGAAUUGCAGAAGCACUGGACUUGCUCGAGCUGUUUUAAAAGCCACAGUCAACCCUCAUGCAUCAAAGGUCUUGAAGCCAACAGUGCCUUGUCAAAAAAGUUUCUGUCAUGAAGUGACUGCCAAAAUCCAGAAACCUGAUCCUUCUAACCAGAUCAUAAGCUACACAAGACAGUCAGCAAUUACCUUGCAAGCAACAGCAAAGGCAUUGUGUAGGACACGUUCGGCUAUAGAUAUAGUCUGGGAAAUCUCUAGUGUUCAUAAUACAGACCCAUCAGGAGCAACUAGCGGGAUAAGAACAGUUGGAGUCAGAUUUCAUAUGCCUGGAAAAAUCUUAAUGCCUGGCUUGUAUCUUCUUAGAAUGAUCAUGACAGUAUAUCUACCGGCAUAUAGCGUAACCCUCAGAGAGUCGGAUUCAGUUACCAUACGCAUUGUGGAAAGUGAUCUGGUGGCCAUUGUGGCCGGAGGUUCUUUCAGGACAGUCGGUGUUUCUGAUCGUUGGGCUUUGGAUGCGUCGGCUUCCUCCGAUCCUGAUUCAGUCGACCCCCAUGAGGGACUCUUAUUUAACUGGUGGUGCUCCAAGCGAAAAUCAGAUUUUUUACAGUCGAUGCUCAGUACAGAUGGAAAAUGCCAUCCCGAUCAAGAGACUUUGAAAUGGACAGAUUCCCAGGAUCCAGUUCAAAUAGUACAACAAGAAACACUUCUGCCGAAUAAUAUAUAUUAUUUUGUUGUCAGAAUUAGUAAGGAUGAAAAAACCGCAGAGGCUUAUCAAACAGUUCAGGUACUGCCCGAUUCCCUUCCUGUGCUGAAUUUCACCUGUAUUGAAAACUGUAGAAAAAACAUUGUGUCAGCUAAAAGACUAAUUCUGUCUGGGAAAUGUUUAAACUGUAAAGGUAGCCCAGCUGUCUACCAUUGGUCUCUUUUUUCAUCAAGCUCCAAUGAAAUAUUUUUUGACUGGGAUUCCAAAACUUCAACUGGAAGGUCAAGCCCUUACCUAAGCAUCAAUUCUUGGGCAUUCAGCUCUAUGCCACACAAAUUUUAUACCCUUCUCCUCAGAGCAAGCACACAAGGAAGACAAGAAGCUACUUACAAGUAUUCAUUUUCUAUUAAUGCUCCACCUCAGAAAGGAAAAUGUAGCAUUUAUCCAAGGGUAGGCACAGCAUUCCUUACAAAAUUUAUUGUUCAGUGUAGUGGAUUUGAAGAUGAAAACAGACCACUUACAUAUAAAAUCAUAGCACAUUCUGAUGAAAUGAAAAUGAGUAAAGUAUCUUUUAUAGAGAAUAGUCAACUUGGAACAAUAGUAUAUGUAGGUCACCAACAUAAAAUUCUUCCCUCUUUCCUUCCUGUUGGGGUACCAUCUAAAAAUUAUGCCUUGAUAGUGUGUGUUCAGGUGUACGAUGCUCUUGGAGCAUUUUCUCAAGAAAUUUUACAAGCAACUGUGCAUGAGCCAAGAAAAAAUAAGCCAACUGAUGAUCUUCUCAAUGAACUAUACAACUUAAUCACUGGACCCAAUGGCCCCGUGGCGAUCUUAUUUGAAAUGAAAGAUUACUUUAAUAUAGGUUACUAUGUAUAUAUGGUGGCCUCAGUAUUAAACAAUAUUGAGGCGUCACCAGUUAUUAAUGGCUUUAAAACUGAUUUGCGGGCAACUCUCCUUAAUGUGUCUGCAGAGAUUCCAAUGAAUGAGAUUGAGGUAAUAAAGCAAGUGAUCUCAAGUAUCUGUCAAAUAACACAACAAGUCAAAGAAGUAAAUGAGAAAUCACAGCUUUUUGCAGUCCAAAAACUAAAAGAAGCCAGCAAAGCUCUACAAAAGCACAAAGCCAACAAUCUGGGUUCUAAGGAAACAGAAAUCCUUGUCAAUGGUAUAUUUACUGGGCUAUCGAAUCUGUUAACAGCUGCUCUAUUGAAGGAUAGACACAUCAAUGUAAAUUCAGUUAAAGAAACCAUUGCUGUGACAGAGAUGCUAGCCGAGGUAGUCUUACAGGACAAAGUUCCUGGAGAGUGUGAAACUAAUCUAGAAGCCAAAAGCUGGGCCGUUCAUCUACGGAAAGAUGAGAAACAGUAUGUUUCUCAAACUUUUAGAGAAAGAAACUGUAAGAACUGCUUCUAUCCCAAACUGAAGGAGAAUGACACUGACUUGCCAGUAGAUGCUAUGGUUUCCACUGUUUUGUAUGAGUUUGUUGAGAAUCCCUUCCCGUGGCUUAUGGAUACAGCAGUUAGUGACACAAUAGUGACUGGAUUCAGAAUGACUGCAGCUAAACAAAAUGGUGACAUCGUAAGGAUCACACCAGAGGUCGCAGAAGUGAUGAUGGACAUAAAAAGCAAGGAUUCCACCACCUUUGGUCUAACGGUAGGGCCAGAUAAAAGACACCUUAAGACAACAGGUGGCUUUAAUUUUGAAGUGAAGGGAAUCUCCAAAGACAUAUUCAUCCAAAUUAUGAGUAACCUAGUGGUUACUUUCAAUGUAUCUCUCUACCUUGGGCUCAAUUUCAACCUUCCUCCCAUAAUUUCUUAUAUUGCUUACUUUGACAGACCUCCAGUGCUAAAAGGAAAGGGUUCUAAUAUUAGUGACUGUGCAAUUAAGGCUCCUUAUAUCCUUUGUCUUCCUCAGUCAUUGCUUCGGUCUCCAGUGGAAGACAGCACGGCAGACAAAUGGAACAUCUCAGUUGUCUUACAAUCCCAUCCUAUUGUGAGAGAGCGAACCACAAAGAUGGUUCGCAUCGCUGUUUUUACCACAGAGUGUCUCGACUUAGAGGGAGUUCAGAAUCAGUGGAAAGGUGGAACAUGCAGUCUUGGGUCUCAGACCAGCUGGUCCAAGAUACAUUGCACGUGCAAAUUAAAGGAGAGUGUCACAGGAACAACAGGCCCCAGGUCGACAGAGAACUCCAGAUCUGAUGUCAGAUUUAUAAUCGGCACAUUUCAGAUCUAUCCCAAUCCCUUGGAUAUAAACAAGGUUCUUUUAGCAGAAUUUGACACAAAUCCAGUUACAUUAUUGACAGUUUUUUUCAUUUUUGCAAUCUACAUCUUUCUAAUUAUCUGGGCCACGAUCAAAGAUAAAGUUGAUAUGAGAAGAAAAGACAAAAUCUUUGUUCUACCAGAUAAUGACCCUUUUCACAGAGUUUACUACCUGGUCACCGUAUAUACGGGAAGCCGCCUGGAAUCAGGAACCACAGCGGAUGUCUUUAUUGAGUUGAUAGGCCAAAAUGCUGUCAGUGAUGCACAUCGUUUAGAGCAUCCAACUUUUCCAACCCUCUUUCGUGCAGCUGUUGACACCUUUCUCUUAACCACCAAGAAAGAUUUAGGAGAUAUUAUUUCCCUUCAUGUCUGGCACAAUAAUGGUGGUUCUUCGCCUAACUGGUAUUUAAGCCGAGUUAAAGUACAAAAUGUAAAGACUAAAAAGUCCUGGCUGUUCUUAUGUAGAAGCUGGUUUGGUCUUGGUAAGGCAGAUUGCAAAAUAGAAAGGUCAUUUCUUGUUAGGAACCAAGACAUACCUUUAAAAAAAAUGGAUUACUUCUUGAUAAAACUUGCCAAAGACUUGGAAGACAGUCAUGUGUGGCUCUCAGUCUUUGCCAAGGUUGUCACUGGUCCUUUCAACAGAGUCCAGCGGAUAUCUUGUUGCUUGGCAAUAAUGCUCUCCAACCUAUUAUUUAACAUCAUGUUUUUUAGUGGUGAACAGGAAAAACAGGUUUUUUCAAUACAGCUACGUAUUAUGAAAUCCAUGUACAUUGGAUUUGUGAGUGCUUUGUUUUCUAUCCCUGUGCAUUUGACAAUCAUAAUUUUAUUUAGAUAUUCACAAGAAAAGCCUUUGAAACACCAGACAGACUGGUGUGAGAAAAGGAAAUGUUCUCUUUUUGUGUCUGAGAACUCUGAGAAAAAUGGCAAUUUAAACUGGAAUGCCCAGUGUCUGUCACUGCCAAACACCAAUUAUAGUAACAAUCACUCAGUGGAGAAGGUCACAGACAAUAAAACAAGAAGGAAACCGCAGUUUCCAUGGUGGUGCAGAUAUGUCUCUUGGACACUGGUCUUUCUAAUAUCUACAAUCGCAUCUUUUUUCAUUAUCUUAUAUGGUUUGACCUAUGGUUACACUACAUCAUUGGAAUGGUUUAUAGCAUCCAUGACAUCAUUUUUUGAGAGUGUGUUUUUGCUUCAGACUUUGAAGAUGGUUCUUUUCUCAGCUAUGAGUACUAUAGUUAUCAAAUACUGUAAACAUAUCCCCUGGAUAAGCUCAGAAGAGUAUGAGGAGAUGAAACUGGAGAAAACAACAGUAGAUGGUAAAGAUGCAAGAAAACUGCAUCAUGAACUCGUACAAAUUCGAGGAUCCCGGGAAUACCAGCCCCUAGAAGAGGAUGAAGUCAUCAUUAUGAGGAAGAGAACAAGGGCCCAACACCUAGCCUUCAUUUUUGUAAAGGAUAUUAUUGUUCACAUCGUCUUCUCAUCCUGUGUUUUAAGCAUUGCUUACUCAAUAGAUACCACCACUAGCUUCUAUUACAGUCAAGCCAUUUAUGAUAAAUUCUCUCUCAAUCUGUCCCAAAUAAAGAAGCUGGAGGACGUCUACACAUGGACGAGCAAUGUGUUUGUGCCACUGAUACAUAAUGAUUAUCAACCAACUUAUCUUUCAGAUACUUGGUCUAAAAUUCUUGGUUUGCCCAGAAUGAGGCAAAUAAGAGCCAUAACUACUGAAAAAUUGUGUUUCAGUUCAUACAGCUUUGUAAGUAGUUUUCUGAUUAAUAAAAGCCGUUGCCAUCAUAGCUAUGGAACUGUUCUGGAAGAUGAAGCUGAUUAUAUAGGAUCGUGGGCGAUCCCUGCCAAUAAAUCCUCUUUGAAACACUCCAGCAGUUUCCAAGGGUUUACAUAUGAGCCCGACAUUGAUCAGUGGGAGUAUAAGUCUUACGGUGUUUUAAACACAUAUGGACCUGGGGGAUACAGCUUUUAUUUUUUCCCUAGAGAACAGCGACCCAAUACAACAAUGAGGCUGAAUGAUCUUCAAAGAAACAAUUGGCUUGAUGAGAGGACCUGGGUGGUGAUUUUUGAGCUGACUGCUUUUAAUCCAGACAUAAAUCAAUACUGCAGCAUCACGGUCAUGUUUGAGACUUCUGAUAUAGGGGUUGUUAACACCAGCUUGUCAGUUCAUUCUUACAAACUGUCUCUUUUCCAUCUUCAAACCAAGUCCCAGAUAGCAGCGUAUGCCGUGAUGACAUACAUUCUGGUCUUUUAUCUUGCCGAUGAAUUUCAUAUGUUGCGCCAGGAAAGGAUAGGCUACCUAAAAACAGCAACUAACUUAAUCAACUUUGCAAUAAAGACCAUCUGUAUAUUUUUCAUAUUGUUAAUUGCACUCAAAUUCAAACUGGCUUUUACCUUACUGAAAUUUCAUCUGCUUAAUCCAGAAAAAUUUGUUCCUUUUCAUGUAGUGUCUCAAAUUGACCAACUCUAUAGGAUAGUUGCAGGAUUUUUUACUUUUCUUCUGGUUUUAAAGCCUUAUCGCUAUUUCAGAUUCAUGUAUAAUGUCCGCCUAGCAGAAAAAUCCAUGGCAGCUGCUUUCCCACAGUUUGUUUCCUUGAGUGUGCUAACUGGUCUGAUCCUUUUUGUACAUCUCUCAUUUGGAUACCUGUUAUUUGGUGAAUACGAAUGGAAUUACAACUCUAUGAUUUAUUCUGCCCAGACUGUUUUUUCAUAUUGUGUUCAUAUCGCAUCACUUGAGUUUCCGUCCAAUACAUGGUUGGGGAUCUUGUUCCGAGUUUCAUUUAUGUUUACAGUUAUCUGUGUUCUUAUCAACUUCUGGCGUGCUGUAAUUAUCUUUACCUACACAUCAAUGAAACAACCCACCUACGAACAGCAUUCUGAUGAAGCAGAAGCAGUAAACUUUGUAGUUCAUAAAAUCCAAAGUCUAUGGUUUUCCAUCACCCAUCAGACACCUUCCUCAAGUGACAGUGAACUUGUGGAUAGUAUAAUAUUUGGAAAACCUGUGAGAGGGAAGGGUCAGCAUCUAGGACUCAAGAGAAAACAAGUGGAAGGCAAGAAAACGGUUUAUCUUUCCAUUUAA